AAGAGGUCUACGAUUGAAAUUGUUUAAAAAUAUAACCAUGCAUAACUAACAUACAUUAUAGUCUCGUGCAACCAGUAAUUAAAAAAUUGUGGAUGUGCACAGAUCUCAGCAUGCAAUUACAUUCAAUUGGCAACUGGGGUCAAACAAAAGACCGCAAAAAUCGGCGCACAGAAAGUCAAGCAAGUCACGUGUAGAGCACCAAAAAUUGAUGCGAGCGCGAUGCAUGAGCAGAUAAUGCACUUGGCAGGCAGAUACACAUGUACAUCUCUACAUAUUUGGCGAUUCUCUCCGCACACAUGUGCAUGUUUGGGUGUGUGUAUAUUCGUAGAUGUUAUCUACUGAUCUAGCAUCAGUGCGGUUGCCUAUGCGUUAUCUGCCUUUGAAUGUCGCUCAGUCAGUUAACUGUUUUCUCGCUCAAUUAACUGUUCGCUGAUUUUUAUCCACUUUGCGUCUGCGCAGACAAAUUCAGUUUUAGUUAAACGACAGCAGUCGAGUUGAGCUGUGUGAAAAUAUUAGAACGAAAUUUAUCGCGUAAAUGGAAAAUCAAUUAACAAUUGUUACUACAAUGUUGCAAAAUCUGAGUCGGUACAGAAAUCAAAAUAUUAAGUGUUAUAUGGGCUCUUAAUUUAAAGCUAAGCUGAGUCCCAUUUAUCGAUUAGCCUCUACUUAACAUAACCGCCCUGUACAAUCGGCACGAACUAUCGUAGAGGCAUGUGUGUUUUGAGUUUCCUUUAAUUUUGUUGUUGUGAAUGUUUCAUAUAAAGAUGUUACGACAUUGUAGCCGAAUCGGAAUUGAAUAUUUUCAAUUAAAUUUUAAUAAAUGUUCGGUCCGUCACAUGGCUGGUCAUUCAAAGUGGGCCAAUAUAAAACAUAUAAAAGCCCAGAAGGACGGAUUGCGUGCAGCUCUGUUCACAAAGAUUGCUAGACAACUGCGAUUGGCUGUGCAGGAAGGUAAAUCUGCGGAUCCUGCUGUGAACUCUCUCCUACGAUCAGAAAUAGAUAAUGCGCUGAAAAAGAAUAUGCCAAUCGGAACAAUACAAAACACAAUAAAGAAAUGCCAGCAUAACAAGGCACAAUUGAAAAAACAUCGACUCGACAUAAGAUUCAAAAGAAAUGUUUAUAUGAUUUGUACCAUAUAUACUGACAAUAUGGCUGCCGUUAAAAUGGAUGCAACCGCAAUGAUAAAAAAGGCUGGUGGUUCAUUUGUGGAUGUGAGCCAUAUGUUUCAAGAUUUUGGUCUUAUCGAAACUCGUUACACUUCAGAGUUAGACAAAAAUCAGCCCAGCUUAGAAGAAAAAGUAACUGAAGAUGCCAUUCAGUUUGGAGCAGAAGACGUCGAAAUUGUUGAUGUAACAAAUGCUGCAGUGAAUUUUUUUUGCAGUCCUGUUCUUUUGAGUGGCCUAAGCAGGACAUUGGAGCAAAAUGGAUACAGCAUUGAAAAUAGCGAACAUGUAUUUACGCCAAACAACCUUGUGUUGCUAGCUGAAGAUGAGCAGAAAGCAUAUGAUGCAUUUGUACAAAAACUACGGCUUGUUCCUGGCCUGGAAGACAUUUAUGACAACGUGGAGUAAAGUCAAAGCAUAUUUAAAUAUAUAUAUAUAUAUAUGUGUAUAUAUGUACUUGCAAAUAUUCUAUUUUAUAUCAUGUGUAUUAAAAGAUGGGUUAGAAAUAUGUUAUAAAUUUAAAAACUAUUUAAAUUUAUUGAGCCUACUGAUAAUAUAACAACAUUUAUGCAAUAAAAUCUUUGUCAAAUGCUCUUUACGAUA